AUGGACGAAUGCAUCAAUGGCGAAUCUCAACUCACUGUAGUUUUCAUGGAAGAGACACAUGGGAAUAUCAAGAUCUCGUGCAGAAGUUGCGCCUAUCAACGUCCUGGCAAUGCCCAGGUGCUUGUUUCCUUCCUAAUCAACGCCACGCCGCCUUGGCAGGCUCCUAAUGGGACGGCAUAUGAGCCCUUGGCGAACAAUGUCAUUGUUUCGGAAUUAUCAAACGGCACGCUCACCCGCUCUCAGGGCUACAGGGCGGUCGAAUCCUACACCACGAUGACUGCUCGUGAUGGCACGCAAAGCUCAAGUACCUUUCCGGCAACGAGGUCAGCGCGUGAUCAGUUGUUGGCUUUCGUACCCACGAAUGGGCAAGCGGUCAGUCCUGAUUGUCGGGACUGGCCCUCGUGGUCGAGCAUGGAUCCUGCCCUGGACAGGCUCCCCGCCGAUGCUCCUCCAGCCGUCGACGCGGACCUGCAUGCAAGUCAUUGGUGGGAAUUUGGUAGCAUUGGCAGCUCUUCCAGUGCCGAUUAUGUUAUCAGGCUCGCGGUACGGUUCAAGAAGGCACCAGAGGUGCGAGACGAUGUUGCAAAAAGCCAAGGUUUCGUGAUCUUUAUAUUCCUGGGUUCGACCAAUAUGCGCACGGCCAUACUGGUGCUCACGUUGGCACCACGCCAUCUGCUGGUUUCCGAUUGA